AGCGUUCUGCUGUCUCACAGUAGAUCAACAACAUGGCCGCAGUCAAUUUGGAGGAUGAAGAUUCAUUAAUACCAGCAGAAAUAAAACUUCCAAGCCAAGUUUUUGAUGUUGCAUUUCAUCCACAAAGGGAUGUCAUUGCCGUAGGAGAGAUAGAAGGAACUGUAACAAUACAUUCCUACUCAACAUCGGAGCAGAAUAAAAAGUUGAUGGAGCUGAAUCAUCAUAAGAAGGCUUGUAGAGCUGUUGCCUUUUCUUCUGAUGGCACCUAUCUAUUCACAGCUUCAAAGGAUAAGUCUUUACAGGCUGUUGAUUUGAACACAGGAGCUGUUGCCCACACAAGACGGAAGGCACAUGACUCACCAAUCAAUUGUUUAAAACUGAUAACAGAUCAGCUGAUAGCUACUGGAGAUGAUGAUGGGUGUGUAAAGUUAUGGGACAGGCGGACAGCUCAGUGUAGCAUGGAAAUAAAAGAAAACGAGGAUUUUAUUUCGGAUAUGGAAUGUGAUAGUGAAAGGAAAAUUCUCUUGGCUACUAGUGGUGAUGGAUCUCUGUCAGUUUUUAAUGUGCGACGGCAGAAGCUUGAAAACAAAUCUGACAAUGUUGAAACAGAACUUUUAUCUGUUGCCAUUGUGAAGGGUGGGCGUAAAGUGGUGUGUGGAACAGGUGAAGGAGCUUUGAAUAUUUUUAGCUGGGGAGAAUGGGGAGACUUCAGCGAUCGAUUCCCAGGACAUCCACAAUCAGUAGAUGCAUGUGUUGCCAUUAGUGACAAUGUCGUGGUUACAGGAUCCAUAGAUGGAAUCAUAAGAGCUGUUCAUAUUUUACCUAAUCGCCUUCUUGGCCCAGUGGGGGAACAUGCCGAUUUUCCUAUUGAGAGAAUAAGGUUAUCCCGUGACGGGAAUCUUAUCGCUAGCUGUUCACAUGACCAAUCAGUCAAAUUCUGGAACAUAGAGCAUCUUAAAACCACUUCUCUAGCUCCUGGUUCUAAGAAAAAGGAAGCAGAAAACGUUUGUGGAGCUACUAGUGAUAACUUCUUUGCAGAUUUGUAAAUCUUGUACAUAAAAACAAAUAGAAUUCUAUCUUCUUCAAAUAUAAACUUUUCUUGUGA